AUGGCCAAGCGCAGGCGGGACGACGACGACUACGCGCCAAAGGCGAGCGCUCGUUCGAACCGGGCGGGUUCCCCUCGCGGCCGCGCAAAGGGCUCCUCGCCUCGUCCAGCGGUCCCGGGACGAGGGACAGUCGCGUGUCUGCAGUGCCGCACGCGCAAGAGCGUGUGCAGCCUGACCGGGCCGGCGUGCGACGGGUGCCAGCUGAGGGGAGAGACGGACAACUGCUCGUUCCAGGCGCUAUUGUGGAUCGACAACCCCGAGGACCUGCCGUCACGCCAGCUCAAGCGCAAGCUCGACCGCCUCGAAGAGCUCAUGUCGCUCGUCUCGGCCGACUCAGCUCCGUCCCUCGCCUCGACCUCGCCUGCGCCGCCAGAACGCCCGCGCGCUUCCUCUGCACCCGUCACCGGCCCACCGGCGCUCCUGGUACCCGUCACGGCCGAUGGCGUCGCUCGUGACCGAGCGGCCGACACGCUCACGCGGCACAUCCUCGGCGGGAGCGACGUUCCUGAACUCGGCGCGCUCAACCUCGACGCAACGUCCUUGUCCGCCCACCUGCGCCAAAUCGACGCCGAGGAAGCGCCGCCGCUCCCGUACUACAACCUACCGACACCGGCCUCGUUGCACGCCUCGAUCUCGGCUGAGGAGUACGAGCGCACCGUCACGGCCGUCGCGCCGACGCUCGCACAAGCGCAGCUGUCGCUCUCGGCCUUCUUCGCGACCGCCAACGGGCUCUUCCGCCUCGUUCACCCGCCAACUUUCCUCGCCCAGUGCGACGCGUUCUGGCGCACGCACGCCGCACCCGAGCCGGCAUGGCUCGCGACCUACCUCGUCGCGUGCGGCCUCGGGCUCAUGCUCUCGCCCGACCCGAGCGCCGGCAAGGAGAACGUCGUCGUCCCGGCGGGCGCCGCCAAGGAGCUACUCGCGAGGACGUGGGUCGACGCUGGCCGUCGCGUUCUUGCGGCCGUGGACGCGCUCGUCUCGCCGACGGUCGAGAGCGUCAGGGCCUUCUCGCUCCUCCUCCAGUGGUGGAUGGUCGAGGGCGGGCGGUACCUCGAGGCGACCCUGUCGCUCACGGCCAGCGUCGUGGCGGGCCUGUUUGACCUGCAGCUCAACCGCGACCCGCGCGAGGUCGCGCCGCACCUGUCGCCUGUCGAGGCCAACCUGCGCCGGCGCCUCUUCUGGACCCUGUACUCGUACGAGUGCGUCGCGCGCCCGAUGCUCGGCAAGGCGUGGCAGCCGUUCGACGAGGACGAGAUCUCGGUCGAGUUUCCCAUCGACUCGAUCGGCGGCGAGCCCGACGCGUCCGAGCCCAUCUCGACGGCGCACGCCCUGGCCGGCAUGCUCAACCGCCGCGUCAGCAAGGCGCUCACGACGCGCAAGGGCACCUCGCCCGACGAGGUGUCGCUCAUCCUCGACGACCUCGACGAGUUCCUCAACGAGCACGGCGACAACGUGUUCGUCGCCGCGCUCGCCCGGUACUCGUUCCACCGCCUGCACCGCUUCGCGGCGAGGGCCGGCUACACGAGCGAGGCGCAGGAUCGUCUCGCUGUACAGCAUCUCGGCAACCUGUUCGCGUCGGUUGACUCGGCGGGCAUGGAGGACGCAGCCGCCGCGCCCUACAUUCUCCUGCGCAUCCUCGCGGCUGCUGUAUGCGCGGCGGUCGACCUGAGCGGGCUGCCCGUCGCGUACACCGACACCUCGCCAACCCGUCGACAGCUCGACGAGCUUCUUCACUUCGUGCGCACGCGCCCGCUCGUGCCCAAGGUCACGCGCAUGGUGCGCCGAGCCGUCGCCAUCGUCGAGCACCUCGUUCCUCGCUCGCGCCCGUGCGAGAGCGUGCCGUUCGGCCCCGCGUUCACCGCCGAGUCGAUGUCCGAGUUCAGCCUCGCGUCGUCGUCCGAGCUGCCGACGCCGUCGACGGCGAGACCUGCGCCAGAAGGCUUUGCAUGCGCGGUACCCGACCCGAGAGCCUUCCACCACGGGCACCACUUCUACGCCGAGCACGUCGCCCCGCCAUCGCCGCCAGUCGAGGCGACGAACCAGCAUGCGGCGCUCAUGGGCCCUCCCUCGAGCACAGCCCCUCAGCCGUUCCGCACCUCUCGCCCCUCCCUCUCCCUCUUUACGACUGUCGCCCCGCCGGCCGCGUCGACAAAGGCCCUCACGCCCCUCACCCUGUCGCCCUGGAUCGACGCCGCCGUCACGCCGUCUCGGUACGCCGGCGACUUUCUGUGGAACCCGCAGUUCUAG